AAAGCAAUUUUAAAAAAAAGUUGUGUAAACGAUCUUACUAUUAUUGUUUUGCUUCCAAUUAUUUGUUUUAUUACUAAAAUUACCGCGUCUAUGUCCGUAAGAUGACUCGCGGUAACUUAAACGAACUUCCAUUGAAAACUCCCAACUCUCAAAACGCGAUUUAAUUGCACAAUUAAUGGGAUGUUUACAGAUUUUUUAUCAGUGUAGAUCAACAACAAGAUCUUUAAUCUAUUGAAAUGUUACCAAUUUUGAUGUAUAAUAACAUGGAAGGGGGUUCUAAUAGUUUAAAUAACACGCCUAAUUCUAGUUUUAGUCAGUACGAUGAUAAUAUAAUACUAAAUUGUGUGAGAAAUCGUAAAAAAGUGACGGAAUUACCGAGUUGCCCGGUAUGUAGUUGCACGAUAAGGCAGGGGGAAUUAGACUCUCAUUUAGCUCUAGAAGUGGAAAGAUUGCAGAAGUUAUCUAGUUGUGGGUCGAAAAGGAAGCUUAGUGUGAACUCUAGUGCAAAUUUAGCGGUUGCCGGGUCUAGUACGAGUGUGGAAGUGCCCGAGGAAGAAGUAGAAGUGGAUGUAUCUGGCUGUCUAGGAAGUGAUGUAUACCAGCGAGUACACUCGAACAGACUCCGGCGUCUCCGCGCCCGGCGCCGCAGCUCUCCCACUCCUCAGAGCGGGGAGUGUCCCGUCUGCAACGCUCGCCUACCCGUGUGCAGACUGCAGAGGCACGCACUACGCUGCCUGAAGAGAACUGGUGCUGCGCUGGAUGAGGAUGUCCCCGACACCAGCUCUGAAGACGAGAGCAUUGAUGUCGAGAACGACGAGCCUACAGGCGGCGCUUUCGGAGCAGAAUACCAGUGGUGCGGCGAGUGGCGGGUGAGAGCGACUGCCCUGCAGGACUCCGAAGCCAGGGCUGCGACUACAGUGCGCAGGGCUUCUAACGAUCAGGCAUUGGUGGUUGAUGGUGAUGAAGACACGGAGCUGUACGGCCCCCCACAAUAUUCUCCAUCAAGGAUAGCGCCAGAUGCAGACCUAACUCCUGUGACAACGGAGACGGAAGAAGAACCCAUAGACACACAAAAUGAGGUAGAGAACAAAACACCGGAGCCUGCUAGCAAGUGUAAUGGCUUAGUAGAAGCCAGUGCUGAAACUAGAAUUCAAGCAUUGAAAGCAAGAAUAAAAGACUUGGAAAGAAAGGCAAAUGGUGCUGGAGAGAUGAAAUGUCUGAUAUGCUUAGAGCAGUAUACCUCGCCUACCGUCUCCAUACAGUGCUGGCAUGUUUACUGCGAAGUAUGCUGGCUCCAAUCUCUAAGAGCAAAAAAAAUCUGCCCGCAGUGCAACGCCAUCACAACAGCCCAGCAUUUACGAAGAAUUUAUAUGUGAACAAAUUAUCUAUAAACUAUAGGUAGAGCUUACCACAAGUGUAUACAGAAUAUUGGGGUUGAUAACACCCUCUUGAAAAUGGUGUUAUAAAAUACUCCCAAAAAAGUCGGGGUGUGAAAUACCCUCUGAAAAUGUUGGGGUAAAAAUAACCCCAAGUAUGUUGGGGUGACAAUAUAUCCCGUGCAUUUUGAGGUAACAAAACAUCCCCAUUGAUUUUAGGGUUAAAAAAUACCCAUUGUAUGUUGGAGUUGUAGGUGAAAAAAGAUGGGGUACCAAAACACCCGUUGAAUAAAAUGCCAUAAUACUACGAAGUGGUGAGCUGGAGUUUUGGGGGUACAGUCCUUUUUCGAUUUCGACUUUGAGACCUUGAAAUAAAGUUGGAUUAAUAUAACCUAUGUAUGUUGGGGUAAAAGUUACCACCAUGCAUUUUGGAGUUAUAUAAUACCCCAAAAUGGAGGGUAACAAAAUACCCUAUGCAUUUUAAGGUUAUCAAAUCCCAAUCUGUAUUGAGAGUUUGUAAUUAUAUUGGAGUUGCAGAGGACCCCAGAUAUUGCGGGGUAGAAAAUACCCCAUCUUUGUUGGGGAUUUUAUAAUACCCUACAUAAAGUUGGGUACCAAAAUACCCCAAAUGAAAUAGGUGUUAAAGCAGUUUUGACUGGUUGUAAGAAUAUAAACGUUCUGCAAGGAUUUAGAUAGGAUAGAAAGAUUUGCUCAAAUAAUUUGAGUCAAGAAAGUAUAAGUCUGAUUAUAAAAUUCAUUUUUCCUAAUUA